GAGGGGCCAUUACUCAACCGACAGCACUAAAUUUUCACCGCAUUUCACGCGUGACUAAAUACACCGAGCCGCUCGACCAUGGCAGUACUGUGAUUAAGUCAAAAGGUAAGGUCAUUUCAGCUGAAAUUGGAUAUAUAAAUAACCAAAAAUCUGUACUACGUUCUCCUCCGUCGCAUCUUCCGGGUCUUCGCAGCCGAAGUGAUAAAGAUAUUGCAACAUGGAGAAUAUGCACAGCUAUUGGCAAUUCGGUGACGAGCUUCGAGGACAAUCAAAAGUUUCUGAGGAUCAUAAAUGGUCAACAGCUGCUCUAAAAUUGGCUGAGCAGGUGAAGUACAAGGGCGAACGCAGGAAUAACCUUGACUUUUCAAAGAGCUCAGCUGAAAUUAGGCCAAGGGGUAAUAAUAUGUUUCAAGAAGAUAACAAGUGGGAAAGCCUUAACUUCAAUAUGUUAAAUUUGGAUACCAAGAUGACUGAAAAUAUGAGCAAGAAUCACAUUGUAGAUAGCAUUUACAAUGCAAAUCCAGUUUAUCUUAAACCCAAUUUUAACAGCUUGGGAAAUUCUUCCUUAAGCAAGCUCAACACUAGCAUCUAUACCAAGGAACCUGCCAAGAAUAACAAUAACAACACUGAGAGCACCAAUGGAAAUAACUCUGCUGACAAAAGGUUUAAGACUCUGCCUGCUGCUGAGACACUGCCGAAGAAUGAGGUUCUUGGUGGAUAUAUAUUUGUUUGUAACAACGACACAAUGCAGGAAGACUUAAAACGCCUGCUCUUCGGCCUUCCUCCUAGAUACAGAGAUUCUGUGAGGGCAAUAACACCAGGGUUACCCUUGUUCCUAUAUAAUUACACUACUCACCAGCUGCAUGGUAUCUUUGAGGCUACGAGUUUUGGAGGCUCCAACAUUGAUCCAACUGCCUGGGAGGAUAAGAAGUGCAAAGGAGAAUCAAGGUUCCCUGCUCAGGUGAGGAUCCGUGUACGGAAAGUUUGUAACCCUUUGGAGGAAGAUGCUUUUAGACCAGUUCUACAUCAUUAUGAUGGCCCCAAGUUCCGCCUGGAGCUCUCUGUGCCUGAGACUUUGGACUUGCUAGAUCUCUGUGAGAAAGCUGGUGUCUAGGAGCUAUGUGCACUAGCUAGCGUCCUGUACUAGUAAGCCUAAAGCAACUGUAGCCUAUGUGAAAUGUUAUAGGUUUGUGGUGUGUGUAAUUACACUGCAUGCAGUGUGCUGUCUGUAGAUUUCCAUAGCGUAAGCUUUGGGGACAGGUCUGGUUAGGAGUUCAUAAACUUAGGAUUGGCUUGUGUAAGCCAAAUAAGUGCAAUGCUUAUGUCUGAAGGUGUUUGCUUAGCUAUUUUAUCUUACAGUAAACUUGAGACAAGACAAUAUGUAAUUGGUCAAGAUCGAAUGUGUUUCUAUGUCUGCCGAGGAACUCUGCGUCAUCCGUAUUGUACUGCACAACUUGUUAAACAUUUAUUUCCUUUUUGGAAA